GCCCGGUUCUCUCUCUCGUGAGAUUUCAGUUGGGCAUCAGUAACUGACCGUUAAUUCAAACUAGCAGGACAAAAAAACAGAAAUAAACGAUAAAAACUAAUUAAAUUAACUAGUUUGAUCAUAUUAACAUAUCCACACUGUUAAUUAUGGACGUUACCUAAUAAACUAGACUGAUUUUAGACGCCUACGUGUAGUUUUACCGACCCUACAGCUGGUGGCGGUAAGUAGGUUUGCGCCUUCUGCGAAACGAGAAGAAGAAACGGGGACCAGCAUGGCGGCGUACAUGAGAAGCGUGAUGUGUCUGGUUUCCGCAGAGAGAAGUGUUUUUCUACCGAGAGGCUGCGGGGUCAUCGUGGAGUCCAGACGGUUUGUACGCGGGCUGAGGAGGAAGCCUGUCAGAGUGCUGUUUCCAGAGAACGACUCGGAGAAAGUCGUCAAGCCGACUCCGCAGUCUCAGCCAGCGGCUGGGCCGAACGUCAGGAGGGAGAGGGAGGUCACAGCGACGAGGCAGCCCGAAGAAAGCGACCUCAUCAAGGCGAAGAGAGUGAAGGAUGCUCCGGUUACUGUCACAAAGGACCACGUUGAUGGGCUGCGUUUCGAGAGGGCGUCGCCUGGAGAUAAAAGACUGUCGAGGUUGGUGAGCGUCGCUCGUUCCAGGACGUUUCGGGAGCACCAGGGUAAAAUCCUCCUGGAGGGCAGACGUUUGAUCUGUGAUGCCCUGGAUGCUGGAGCCAACCCACAGAUGGUGUUCUUCAGCACGGUGGAUCGGCUCCGAGAGCUGCCUUUAGACAAGCUGAAAAGAGCCACGCUAGUCAAAGUCAAAUUUGAGGACAUCAAGAUCUGGUCUGACCUCGUGGCCCCGCAGGGGGUGAUUGCCAUAUUUUCUCGGCCGGAUCCGUCACGGAUGAACUUCACAAAUAGAGGUCAUUCAGUGCCGUUGUCCCUGAUAUGCGACAACAUCCGAGACCCUGGCAACCUUGGGACGAUGCUGCGAUGUGCUGCCGCUGCUGGCUGCCGCGAUGUCCUGCUCACCAAGGGUUGCGUCGAUGCUUGGGAGCCUAAAGUCCUGCGUGCAGCAAUGGGUGCCCAUUUCCGCCUCCCCAUCCAUCAUAGCUCAGGCUGGGACGAUAUUAAAAAUCACUUCCCUAACCCUGUGACAGUCCAUGUGGCUGACAGCAGCUGCAGAGAAGCAACAGAGUCUAACAAACCCUCUAAAGCUGGAGACUUCGGCUGGGUCAGCACAAGGCGUCACAAUAACGUACGCUACGAGGAACAUGACUCUGAUUCUGACUCAGACAGUGAAUUUGAGAGUCUUUCACUUCCCAGUGUGGAGACAAAGCUGUACCACCAGAGGUGGGCUCGGAGUCCCACUGCACUCGUGAUAGGCGGAGAGACACAUGGUCUAAGUCUAGAAGCAGUCGAGUUGGCGGAGAAAACAUCCGGUCACAGGCUCUUUAUUCCCGUCGUUCCCAGUGUGGACAGCUUGAACUCAGCCAUGGCCGCCAGCAUCCUUCUGUUUGAGGGCAGAAAACAACUGUUAAAACUGACGCAGACGUCUGGGAGGAAGUGGAAAUCUGAAGCUGAGCAGCAGCUUUCAUGACGCGAACUCUAAAGAUCAGUGUGUCUGCAUCCUGUUCUGCUAAUAAUAAAACAUUUAUUAUCAAUCAGUUGUGAAAUUAUUGUCUGAAUUAAUGCACAGUGUCUUGUUUGCCUUUUUUUUUUAGGGCUGCUAUCUCCAAAUUAUCGAUUCAUUAUCAAUAAAUCAGAUUAAUAACAUCUGAUAUAAUCUAAAAAUAAAUGAUGCUGUGUUAUUAUAGAUUAAAAUGAAUGAACACAUUAUUGUUAUUGUGUGUGUGUCUAUGUGUGGUAAGUCAGGUGAAUGUCACCUCCACACCUGAUCACAAGGGAAGGUAAUCACAGUAGCCUUUUUUUGUCCGAUCGUAGUUGGUUUCACAUUUACAAGCUUGUUUUUGAAUCUGCAUAAAAAAUAAAACACAUAGUUCAUGGAAGAAGAAUUUGGAGCCACUGGAGCUCGAGUUUGUAUGUAAAUACAGUUAGUUGAUUUCUGUCUUUUAUGUGUUGCUAUAUAUUUACUUUCUUUCAUUUAUUGUGUAUUUUGUCUCUGUUAUCUGGUACACUAUGGAUGUUUCAUCUUUUAAGUGUCCUUAAUGAAGCUAUAAUAAUAAAAAUAAUAAAGAACAAAGUUCUCUUUGGCAAAAAGAAGAAACACAUAACCAUCCUCCCCUCCUGAUAAUUUACAGUCCCUCAGAGCCUGAAAUAGCUUCCUGCACUUGAGGCCUAUUUAUUAUAAAAAGGAGCAGACUCACUGUGGCAGUUUCCCGUCCUUUAUAUAUUUAUAUCCUCACUGCACUUUGACUCAACCUGCGUACUGCCCCCUAUAAUAACUCCAGCAUUAACUUAAAAGAAAGGAACAGACUUUGUGCUUGCCAGUGAAUUUUUAAUGGGUGCGAGAAGUCAUGACUGAAGUAACAGAAUACAGGGAUUUUAUACAUUCAACACUUUCCCAACGCCAUUUUGUGCCUUCAGAAAUAACCUGACCUUUUUUUUUUUUUUUUUCUUCUCCAUUAAGGGACCUUCACAGAAAAUCCUCAUAAUGACGAUUUGAGAUGAGAACCACCGUUAACAAACUGGCAAGAGAUGACGUUCACUCACAUCAUAACAUACACAACAAGACACAGGAGGUUGAAAACAUCAGUCAUUGGUCUGUUACAAGCAAGUAUAAUGUGAUCUUUACUGUCUGUGCAUCUGUUUUUUUAAUCUUUUUGUCUUUAAAUAGGGCCAUAAAGGCUUACGGCUACAUCCAACUGAAGUUUAGCACAUUUCCUUUGCACUACAUGUGAAUUACAACUGUAAAAAUGCAUUUUUAUUUCUUUCUCAACAUCAUUCAGAAACCAAAAAGAAAAAGUAACAAGGAUCUUGCAGACAAGAACACAAAAGCAAAGAAUCGGCUGAGUAAGUAGGUCCAUCGUGUAAUUCUCUGGUUUUCUCUAGAAUUCAGAAAAGCUAUCAAGUGAAAAAAAAAAAAAAAAA